AUAAAAGAAUUAACAACUCUGUCAAACAGUCAAACAAUUGUGAAAUAUUCUUUAAAUAUAAAAUAGACAAGCGAGCGUAACAAAUGAGACGAAAUAAUCACCAGAAGAUUUGGUGGCAGGCUUAAGCAUAUUAAUUUAUCUUAAGCAGAUGAAAAUGUUGUUUUCCGAAGAACUAAAAUCGAGAGAGAAAUGGUUUGAUUUGUCAAAAAAUAAAGAGAAGAAAUCCCAAAUGAUGUUUUGGCCUGACAAAAAAAAAUUGUGCUAAAGAAAUUUAUAUUCAAAUGAGAAACUGAAGCUUUGAAAGCGAGCGUUAUGGAGUGGAGAGAAGGAAACAUUGUCGUCGUUUUAAAAUAUCUUUUAUUUGGAGAGUCUUAGACUUCCACUUACAUUUUUAUGUGUAAAGAUGAAUGUGAAUAAUGUUAUAAACAUACAAUAAAAAAUCUCUUUAUGCGAUUCCCGGG